AUGUUCGCUGCCAGACGAUCUGCUCCUUCGACGCGGCAGCUGCUGCGCACUCAGCGCCGCUGGGGCUCUCACGCCGCCCAUGAGCCCGUGAACGAAGGUCUCGGCCGCAGCUUCUACGUCACAUCUGGCACCAUCGCUUCCGCCUUCGUCCUCUACCACAUUUCCAAGUCCAUCAAGGAAUCCGGCGAGGCAUCUUGGAUGACCGGCCUCAUUAACAAGUGGACGCCUUCCCAGGAGGUCUUCGAGCAGCGCAAUGCUAUUCACACCGCUAUCAUGGAUAAGGCUGCUUUUGAUCGCCACUUGCUUGGCAGUCAAGGCCCAGCCGAGGCUUUUGCCCACAGACAGCCCGAGAUGUUGAACGCUGGCUCUCCGUUCAACGUUUCGCCCGGUUCGCAGGCCGACCUGAGCCAUGUCGUGGCUCACUACCAGCGCAAGAACCAGGAGAUCGAGGAGUCUCGGGUCGCGCGGACGAAGGACGGCAAGGUCGUGUCGCUCUACGAUUAA